CCUCUCCAUAUUCCCUCCCCGCCGCGCCUUGCUAGCGGCGGCGGUGGCAGUGGCUGCUGUGGUGGCGGCGGCUCGUGGAGCCGGCGCGAGUCCAGCCCUCGCGGCGGGACCCGGGUCUUGACGAGCCCUGUCUGGGCAGAAGCGUGCGGAGAAUGGAAACGCGCGUUCAGCCAUGUCUCUGGGCCGCCUCCUUCGCAGGGCCUCCUCCAAGGCCUCGGACCUCCUGACCCUCACCACGGGGGGCAGCGUUGGGUCCCCCUCCAUCCUGGAUGGAGAGAUCAUCUACUCCAAGAACAAUGUCUGUGUGCACGCACCUGAGGGGCUGCAGGGCCCUGGGGAGCAUCACCCAGGGUACCUGUGCCUCUACAUGGAGAAAGAUGAGCUGCUGGGGGCGACCCUCAUCCUGGCGUGGGUCCCCAACUCUCGCAUCCAGAGGCAGGACGAGGAGGCCCUACGCUACAUCACCCCCGAGAGCUCCCCUGUGCGCAAGGCACCUCGCCCUCGGCGGCGGCGCACCACGAGCCUGGGAGCCCCCUACCAACCCUCUCCCACAGAGCCAAGGCCUCCCCUGAUUCCCAAAGACGAGGACAUCCUGGUGGUGGUCCAGAACACCCAGGAUACUGUGCACAUCAGCCCUGCAUCUGAAGAUGGGGAAAAACUGGCCCAGGGCCCAGAGGUGGAUGGUCCCCUGCCCACUUCACAGCCUGUCCACAGUGACUCUGGGAUCCUGUCUACAGUCAGCUCACAGGAUGGGACAGAGGAUGGCCGGGAGCCGCGGCCUGAGGCCGUGGAGGAAGAGGGCUCCUUGGAGUUGUCGGCUGAUGGCGUGAGCAGGGAUAGCUCCUUCGACUCUGACUCUGACGCCUUUUCUUCACCGUUCUGCCUCUCGCCCAUCAGUGCAGCCCUUGCAGAAGGGAACAGCUCUGCAUUCCUGGAGAGCGAGGGCAGCUCCCCCUCUAGCUCGGAUGCCAACCUGCGGUUCCCCGACAGCAAUGGCCUCCUGCAGACAUCUCGCUGGGAUGAGCCACAGCGGGGAUGUGCCCUGGAGCAGAUCUGUGGUGUGUUCCGUGUGGACCUGGGCCACAUGCGCUCACUGCGACUCUUCUUCAGUGACGAGGCUUGCACGAGUGGCCAGCUGGUGGUGGCCAGCCGAGAAAGCCAGUACAAGAUUUUUCACUUCCACCACGGUGGCCUGGACAAGCUCUCCGAGGUGUUCCAGCGAUGGAAAUUCUGCACGGAGACACACCUCAGGGAUCAGCAGGUCACGGAUGAGAGGACAUGCAUGCAGUUCUCCAUCCGACGGCCCAAGCUGCCAUCCUCUGAGACCCACCCGGAAGAGAGCCUGUACCGGAGGCUGGACGUGUCUGCCUGGCUCAACCACCUGAAUGAUCUGGGCCAGGUGGAGGAGGGGUACAAGCUUCGCCAGGCCAUUUUCUUUGGUGGCAUUGAUGUGUCGAUCCGGGGGGAGGUCUGGCCUUUCCUGCUGCACUAUUACAACCACGAGUCCACGUCGGAGGAGCGUGAGGCGCUUCGGGAGCAGAAGCGAAAGGAAUAUGCAGCGAUCCAGCAAAAAAGGCUCUCCAUGACUCCCGAGGAGCAGAGAGCCUUUUGGCGCAAUGUGCAGUUCACUGUGGACAAAGAUGUGGUUCGCACAGACAGGAACAACCAGUUCUUCCGAGGGGAGGACAACCCAAACGUGGAGAGCAUGAGGAGGAUCCUGCUGAAUUAUGCUGUGUACAACCCAGCCAUCGGCUACUCACAGGGCAUGUCAGACCUGGUGGCACCCAUCCUGGCUGAGGUCUUGGAUGAAUCAGACACUUUCUGGUGCUUCGUGGGUUUGAUGCAGAACACCAUCUUUGUUAGCUCUCCCCGGGACGAGGACAUGGAGAGACAGCUGCUAUACCUGCGAGAGCUUCUCAGGCUGACGCACCAGCGCUUCUACCAGCACCUGGUCUCCCUGGGCGAGGACGGACUCCAGAUGCUCUUCUGCCACCGCUGGCUCCUACUCUGCUUCAAACGGGAGUUUCCUGAGGCCGAGGCCCUGCGCAUCUGGGAGGCCUGCUGGGCCCACUACCAGACGGAUUACUUCCACCUGUUCAUCUGUGUGGCCAUCGUGGCCAUCUAUGGAGAUGAUGUCAUCGAGCAACAGCUGGCCACUGACCAGAUGCUUCUUCACUUUGGAAACCUGGCCAUGCAUAUGAAUGGAGAACUGGUCCUCAGGAAGGCCAGGAGUCUCCUGUACCAGUUCCGCCUUCUGCCACGGAUCCCCUGCAGCCUACAUGACCUGUGUAAGCUGUGUGGUACAGGCAUGUGGGACAGUGGGUACAUGCCAGCUGUGGAGUGUGCCGGCCACCACCCGGGCUCAGAGAACUGUCCCUAUGGGGGCACAAUGGAGAUGUCGUCACCCAAGCCCCCAAGAGAAGGCAAGAAGGGCCCAAAGGCACCACGGGAGGCCUUUGGUUUCCGCAGAUAGGAAAGCCUCUGCCCUUGACACGGAGCAAGAGCAACUCCCUGAGGUCCUGGGCAAGUGGGAGGGGGUGGGGAUGGACAUGGAGGGAACAGAAUCUAAAAAUACAAGGAAAGGCCUCUGGCCAAUGUGAAGAGAACCUUGUCACCAUGACAGAAUCAGACUCUAGAAGUGACAGCAGGUAACAGAUGUACCGAGAAUUCAGCUCCUGAAAGGCUGGCCCAGGAUGUCUGGCUACCGCACUCAAAUACAGGUUGCUGGCUGGCUGGCUGGCUGGGGGAUUCCAGCAGAGCCCAGAGUCCCUCCACAGAACUGCAGGCAAAGCAGGUUCUAGAAGAGGCUUCACCCUCACACCAGCACCAAGGGGCACAGAGGAGCAGGACUGUCCUGAGUGAGUCAAGCUUGUUUCUGAAGCUUCCUGGUUACAUCUGCAAGACCAGUGUAAAAACACUAGUCCAAAAAGAAACAGAGGAGAGAGAGAGCGAGAGCAGAUGUUCAGACCUGAGCUUCCCACAGUGUCUAUGUGAGUGUUGAGAAGGACAUGUCCACCCUGAACCAGAGGCAUGGGCUGGUGGACAAGUGUCAGAUGUACCUCCCACUGGGAUCCUCCCCUUAGGAUCUGAGGUUUUUCCCCUCUACCCAAAACAGAAACCCACUGGGGCCUAAAUGGGUUGAGAGGUGUGGUAUGUGCAACCAUGAGGUCCUCUGAAGAAAAAAUGCUUGGUCCUGGGGGAGGGGGUAUAUAAAUCCCCAGCCAAGACAGAGGCAUCUGAAAUAGCUGUGGAGGUGCCUCCCACCUCCAUGCAGGGCCUGGGUCCCUGUUAUGCAAGGGGGCUUCUGCCCCUUGGCGUCUCUGCUGGCUGAACAGUACUGGGGUGCUCUGCCUCUUAAGAAGGAAAAGGUCACCUCUACACUCUACCCUCUAAAGCUGAGGAUUGUGGUUGGAUAAAGGUGUGUUCCAGAGCAUUCCUAGCCAAUGUCCCAAAAGCUGGUGCAAACAAGGAGCCUUGAACCCUCCAUCAAGGGCUGAAUCCUGCGGGAAUGCAGGGGUAGGGGUGGACGGAGGUGACCUGCUAUUGACUUUUCUCACUGAGAGUGGCGCUGCCGGACGGUGCCACAUUUAAAAGGAGCUUAUCAGAAAGAAAGAGGAAGUCUCUGACAGCCACUCCCCUUCUCCAUGAGCCCGCCCCUUCUCUGCAGGCUCAUGAGGAUGUGGGUCCUUCUAGGAAGAGCCUUUGGUAGAGAGUGUCCUGAUCUUGGGGUUACUGUCCAUUAUGAGCAACAGUGAAGUCCUGAGAGUGGCCUUUUUAUCUGACUUGCUUUCUGUUCUAGCUUCUGACCCUUUCUGGAAGCUAGGGCCACAAACAGGCAUAUCCGCUGUCCAGCACCACAGUAACAGUAUACAGGGCACAGCCUCAGUGGCUAGAUCCAUGUGCACCAGCUGGCACACACGGCUUUGGGUCAGCAGUCUAGGGUGGGUGGUUUGGGUCUUGGAUAGGAUCACUCACUCUCUUCUUGGGUCACCACCUCUCAAGUCCCAGUGGGGUGUGUGUGGCAGCACUGGCCUCUGGGUCACCCCCUGAUGGUAGAAGCAGGAACGUGCAGUGUUUUUCUUGUGUUGGUGGAUACCGCACUUGCUGACCACCUGAGGGGCAAAGCAGGUUGCAUGCCAAAGCCACGAUGUUGGGGACUGUUGGGGACGCGAGCUCUUGUCUCUGGGUUCCUCUCAGCAGUCACGUGGCAGAAGCCUGGCAAUUCAGGGGGGCCCGGCUGCCUACCACCCCAGGAAAUCUGGAUACAGAUCACUCCUUUCCCAGGGAGGAGGAGCCAGCUCCUACCUUCCCCCCUCCCAAGUUCACACUCCUGGGCUGUACCCCAUCUCCUUCACAUCCACUCUGCUGUGUUGGGGUGGGACAGGGGGAGCAGUCCAAGGAUUCUCUCACCCUGGAGAGUCUCAGAGAGCAAGGAUCCCUAGCUCCCAUUGCUCCCCAAGACCUGACCCAGCAUGGUCAGCGACAACACAAGGCCAGGUAUCCCCCCAUGGACUGCUGGAUCCUGGUGUUACCUGCAGCAUUAGGCCAGCUGGGGCCUCUGCAGCAGGACAGACGAGGUGUGUGGGCUCCCUGAGCUCUGCUCUGAGGAGUGGGGAGGCCCUGCACACGGAGUACAGCAACCUUAAUCUGGAUGCAAUUAGAGGAGACCAGCCAAAUACCCUGUGGCAGCUGUUACCCCGGGAUUAUUCCCAGCCAGCAAAAGGCAUUAGGGUGAUAAUUCAGUCAUUAGACUUCUAGCCUUCCCACCGCCAGGACAUACAAAUCACGGGUAAUCAGCCCGCACACCGUCCCUUGGCCACGAGGCUUAUUUAACCCAUUUUUUAAAAUGACACUUAAUGCUAUUGACCAGCACGCCUGUGUGCGCAUGCCCCACCACUAAUGUCUGUGCUGACGACAUUGCCUAAUGUCAUCAGGGCUCUGGUAGAGAAGGACACCUUUGAUGUGUGUGUGUGUGUGUGUGUGUGUGUGUGUGUGUGUGUGUGUGUGUAAAGGGCUACUCAUUUCUGACUCACUCUCUAAGUAGAGGGGACAGUGUUGGGGGAGAGGGUGGAAACAAGAGGAGAUGUCAGGGUUGGAGUAGAAUGUGUGCUCCUCCAUCUGGGCCAGGGUCCUCACUGGGUACAUAGAAGACGCUGCUUCCCCAGAAAGUUCCACCUCAAGUGCUAGCCAGGAGGCCUGGCCCGCCUCUGUAGAUGGAGUGAGCUAUGUGGUUCCUGACCAACUGGGGUCAGGGAGGGGACCAGGUUAAAUUCGGGAGGGGAAGAUUUUGGUCUUGGCUUCUGAGACUGUGCUAAAAGUGGUAUGAUGCCCUUGCUGCCCAAAGAGGGUCUCCUGGAGCUGGUGCCUUUGAUGGCCCUGGGCACCCAGAGAGGGCAAUAGGCAAUGGGGAGAGGAUUGCAGGCUGGAUCAGGGGUCAGCUCCUAAAACGUUCCCCUGCCCUUUUGCUUGCAUUCCGGUUUGAUUUGCUGUGCCAAGGGGGCAGUAUGUGGAACGUGGGGCCCACAUUCUUGCUAGGCAAGUGUGCUGCCCUACUGAGCAACACACACAACCCAUCUGCUUCAUGUUUGAUAAAAUUAAUUCAGAUGGAGAUCAGCCCCCACAGCAGCAGGAGUCCACCUAUGGCCUCCACUAUGUAGGCUCCUUCCUCUGUAGUCAGGCUGGGGUUGUCAGGGACACCCGGGGCUGGCCAGACAGAGGGAAGGGGGCUGGCAGAGGACCCUGGAGGCCACCUUUCCCAGGAGAGAGAAAGAUGGCAAGUCCCCUGGAAACUUAUGCAGGGGUAUAACCUGGAUUAGAGGUGGACCACCAAGGAGGGCACAAGGAAGCUGGCUAGCCUGAGUCCCUGAAGAGCCAAGCAGCCUCUGGACAUUAGUCGUGUUUCUAAAGAGGUUGUGUUGCAUUUUGUCCUGGGCUAACCUGGACUAGAGAGAACCACCCCAAAUCUAAGAAGCUAGUUUCCCCAGAGCUUCCCUGGCAGGGAGUGAAGGGUUCCCCUAAGCCAUUUCCUCGCCCAUAAAAGGAGAGCAAGCCUCCUUCAAAAGACUGUCUGGGGACUUUGAUGUAAAGGCCGCCACAGGAGUGCCCAGGGACCUCACCUGCCACUCAGGGAAGAGCCCACUGGCCUUAGCCUUCCGCAGCAGUGACCAAGAGGGGCUAUCCGCUCCCAUCGAGUGCUCUCCCUGGUUUGGAGUCAGCAAACCCAUGCCUCUCCCAUGCAUCCACCUUUCUGUGUGUCCUCUGCAGAGGGCAAACCUCUGUACCUCCUCUGAAAUUCACUCUGUGCCACCCACGCCUACCCUGAAGAAAAGUGAGCCACAAAGCCACCUCAGGGGUCUUGGCCUGCGCCUGUCUGUGAGCGUGUGCUCUUCCAUGGCCGGUCUUGCCCACAGCGGGGAAGACCCUUCCAUGAGACUCUGCACUUCCUGAACAGCUGCAUGCAGAUGCCCGCUACCGCCGUUCAGUUCCAGGUGGGAGGCUGGCAUUUCAGGUUUGCAGAGGUCAAGUCACAUGACUGUUUCUCUUCCACACCUUGAGGAUAAGGAAGAGACCUUUUUGUGUAUUUUGUUUUGUUUUUAAAAUAAUGAAAUAUCCCCAUUGCCAAUGUCUACGGCAAGUGAUUCGUUUCUCUGUUGUGUUUUGUUUUUUUUUUUUAGCAGUUCCCUUCUGUUCAAGGUCAGGUCUGGUCACAUGAUCCUUGUGAAUCAUGACUCUCAUGGAUUCUACACAAAGUAAAUAAAAUAGUAUUGCCACACA